AUGCCUAGGCACGUCUCCUCCCUGCCGCUGCCGCUGCAGAUCACCAAGAUCUCGUCGUCCAGAUCUUGGCGCAUCAUCACGGAGCACGUCCCCACCACCUACAGUUUCCAGGUGACCAACUACCUGCAGCUCAAGGACGCGGGCUUCCACGCCUGCGUUACUUCGCCCGGCUUCAGCGUCGGCGGCUACAAUUGGCAGAUCGCCUUCUACCCAGACGGCGAGGACGGCUACACCUCCUUGUACCUACGUUAUCUCGGCCAAGCCACGGAUGUGAGAGCCAAGUGCACGGUGAGCGUGCUGGGGAAUGACGGCCAGCCACCGCUGGUCUGCCGCGACACGCCGGAGGACGUGUCUCCGUCCGAGCUGCCCGGCCACCUCGAGCGCAUGCUCAGGGACGGGCGAUGUAGCGACGUCACGUUCCGCGUGGGAGGCCGGAAGUUCCGCGCGCACCGGGCCCUCCUGGCCGCGCGGUCGCCGGUCUUCGCUAAGCUCUUUGGCCCCAUGCCGGAGAAGGGCACGCGGCGCGUCGUCAAGGUCGUCGACGUGGAGCCAGCCAUCUUCCAGAUUCUCCUUCACUACAUUUACACGGGCUCACUACCGGCGUGCCACGACGAAGGAGGGUAUGAUGCCAUGGUGAUGGAGCAUUUGCUCGUAGCCGCAGGCAAGUACGGGCUGGAAAAGUUGAAACUCAUGUGUGAAGAGGAGCUGUGCAGAAGGAUCGACGAGGAAGCUGUCAGUGAUCAGUGUGUGAUGAUGCUGAACGGAUACUCUGAAAGUUGGGAGCACAAAGUAGAGUGA